CUCCUCGGAUACAAAAGUGCCCCGAUCGGGACACACCAUCUAGGCCAAAGAGACAAAGAGCAGCAGCUCGACCAAAAACUAAAGUGGUGCAGGCUGAGCUGUCAAUCACCCAAGCCACAGGAUCAGAGCCAAGUUCAGCAGAGACAGCUGGCCUCUCCACCACUCCACCAAGAAUCCUCCAUCUCCAUCCCUCCAUUCAGUUUAUCACCAUCCCAGACACUCCAUCAUGUCAGGUUGUCCGGACCCUGAGGCUCUCUCCUUCAGUAAUCACACUUCCAAUCACCAACACUGCUGCUACACCUACUUACAUAUUUGUUCCUGCUGGAUCGCCGCAAUUCAAACCUCAACUGCCACCCCUCUCCCCGACGAAUGGUGAAGUAGCUCCAGUCCAAAUGAGUUCAUCCCCACGCGGAUCUCUGUCAGACACUGCAAGCAAAGCCUUAACUCAUCCUUGUGCCUCACCCCUCUCACCUGGCAAUGAGCCGUCUACGUGUAAGGAAUCCCCUCUUCCUCAGUGCCCCACAGUCCUUGAUAUUCCACAGGAUGUGAAGGACUACAUCCAGGAAGCCAAAGCACACAUGAGUCAAGCUUGCCAGGUUAUGGAGGCUGGCCUUAGCCUGACGUCUCAUUAUGUGGAUGUGCCAGUGAGCCAGAGGGAAAUUCUUCGCUCUGGAAAAAACAUAAACAAAGCCCUGGACAAAGAGAUAGUCAUCAUGGGAGAUACAGAUCGACAAAAAAGCUUGUUGGGGAGGAGUCAGAUCUUUGAGAGAUCAAAUGGAGACAAACCAAAACGCUUCAUUUUGCUUCUAGGCAAUGCUGGCAUGGGAAAAACCACCCUGAUAAGAAGACUGUGUCUCGACUGGUCCACAGACUGCAUCCCACAGUUUGACUUUGUCUUCUUGUUAGACAGCAACGCACUCUCUUUAACGGACGCUACCUUUAGCCUUCAGACCCUCUUACUAAACCUCUCCUCCUUUGCCCCUUCCUGCAAGGACCCCAACGCAGUGUACGCUCAAAUCCUUGCAGCCCCUAAGCGCGUGCUUGUCAUUUUUGAUGGGUUUUGCGAGUUGCGGGACUAUGAAAUUCUUCUCCAGACUCAAGAAAAGGACUUAGUAACGUCGUUACAGAAGGACAGUAAAGCACAGACCUUCACAGUAAAACAGUUGUACUCUGCCAUCCUUCAGAGGGUCCUCCUUCCAGGAUGCACACUUCUGCUUUCUACCCGAACGAGAGGCACAGCCAGCCAGCUUCUCCGCCGAACGGACAGCCUGUUGGAGGUGUGUGGCUUCACCCCCACUGACGUACAGACAUAUCUGUCCCAGUACUUCACUGACCCUGACCUCAGAGUAUCUGCUUUGGAUUGCUUCAAAAACUGCAGCUAUCUACAUCUCCUGUGCUGGAACCCUGGACUGUGUCGCUUGGUCUGCUUGGUUUUAGAACAGUGCAAAAGUUUGGAGGUCCUACCGAGAACGUUAACCGAGCUCUGCCAUCAAGUGCUUCGUAUGAAAGUGGAAAAAGACAGCAAGGACACAAACUCACAGGCUGAAACUCCAUCGGAAAUAUCUGAGAAAUCAGUUGAAGAAACCCAGACAAAAAGCUCAAGUAGUUCUCAAAUGAAGAGGCGUAAUAAAAACACUCGCACGCAAAGAACAAGGGGUUCAAAAAAAAAGGAAACAGAGAAAGAUAACAACGACGGAGAGGAAAUGAAGAGUAAUGGCUGGGAAGUAGUUAAAACCCAGGAGAGGGAGUUGCUGGCCCAGCUAAGUUCUCUGGCCUGGGAGGGGAUCAAAGCAAACUCUUCCAUCGUCCCCAAAGGACGGACCAUAUCUGCAACAGUCAAGGCGUUCGGCCAAAGAACAGGGCUCUUACUCUCUUAUAAUCUGGGGACGAGGCAGGUUGUCUCAAGUUGUGAGAGUGAGGACAGAAGGAAAACUGGAACAAGACAGACUGGUGAAAAGAGGGGAAGCAAGGGAAGGACGGAAACUGAAAGCGCUGAUGCAAGUGAUGACCAAAUCCUGAUGUGGGCCAACCCUUUCCUUCAGAGUUACCUUGCAGGGGUCCAUUUGUCUCUGUCAAGGACAAUAACAGACCGUGCCUUCCUCCAGACCCUCCCUUUCCAAUCUGGCCAGAAGGGUCGCCGGCGGCCUCAAAGGGAGGAGCUCGAUCUCACUCAGCGGUUUGCGGUCGGGCUGUUGUUCUACAACCGGAGAGAGCUUCAGAGGUUUAACUCAUACACAGAGACAACCUUCAGAGACAUGGUGGCCUCUAAGCAGGCUUUAGUGACAACACACCUUGAAGGUCUUUCCCAUGAUGACCUGAGCCCCACCCAGGUCCUGGAGGCUUGUCGCUAUGUUUAUGAGGCGAGUUCCUCACAUGGUGAUGGUAGCAGAGACAGUGGUAGUCAACGAUUGGUUGCUCAUCUGGCAGAGAAUCUUCCAGAGGUCCUGACAUUUCACGGAGUUCCUUUUAAGCCAUCGGACGUGUUUGCUGUGCAGAACGUUCUCGACCAGGGUGGAGCUGACGGUAGAAGGUUUUGUUUGAAUCUGGAGGAUUCUGGGAUACAGAUUUCGGGACUCAGAGCUCUGUUGGGGCUCAACAACAUCAACACAUACAGAUACAUGGUGCCACAAAGGCUGUCAGACAGUUCCAGCCAAUCCAAUUCAAUCCUGGCAGAGGGGGUACCGGCAGUUAAAGAGCUACACAAGCUAGAGUUGGAGCUUGGUCCAGAGAAAGGUCCCCUGGUUCUUCCCAAGCUAUGGGAGCUCCUGCCAGGUCUACACAACCUACAGCACUUAGAUCUAGAGAACAGUACGAUUGGGGACAAAGGAGCAGAGGAAUUGGCGGAUACUUUAGUCUCACUUGGGUCCCUGGAGAUUCUCAAUUUGUCACAGAAUUGCAUAGGAGACCAGGGGGUGAGGAAACUGGCCACUGUGCUGCGGGAUCUUCCCAAACUGCACUGUUUAAGUCUCUACAGUAAUGUGAUUUGUGACGAAGGUGCGGAGACUCUGGCUGCUGUCCUCCCACACAUGGCUUCGCUCACUGACCUGGAUGUCAAGUACAAUAAGCUAACAAGUGUUGGAGCACAGAGCCUGGGAGCCAGUCUGAGAAACUGUAGAAAAAUAAAGACCUUGAGGAUGUGGAACCAGUGUAUUCCUUACGGUGUGUUUGAGAGACUUCAGCAGCAGGACAACAGGAUCCAGUGGCAGUAGAACACUAUGAAACCUCUACACACAUCCUCACAUGUUUACACUACACACUACAUUUUAUACUGCAUGUGUGCUUAAGAAAAAAGAGAGUGGGAGAAAGCUCACGCUCACAAACCAAAAAUAAUUCUUAGUUGCUUUAUUCAAUAGUUCUCCUUGUCAGAUAUUUUUAAAGAUUCCCCUGAGUGCUUCAUCCUUCGGUGCUGCAUGUGUUUACUGUAUAGGUGUGUGGUUUGGCUAGGUACACAUUCAAGAAGCACUUUUGCACUAUAUGAGAUCUGAUUUUAUGUAACCAUAAUUGUUUCUUAUUUUUAUAAAUAAAAUGUUUUGUGUUGUUACGUACACUGUUUUUUCGUUUCACUUUUUUUUUAAAUUCAACAGUUUAUUAUUAACCUGUUUUCACUUCCUUCCCAAAAGGUUUCUGUUCUCUUUUUUUUUUUAAUGCAAGCUAACUUUUACAGUCCUAUAGUUUCUGAAACUCUGCGUCGUUGAUGUUAUUAUUUUAUUUCCCUUAAUAAAUGGACACUUACUGACGUGUGCUGAUGUACACUGUAGCCACCUUUUGUUGCUGACUGUAAAACCUUUUGCUAUAUCUGUAAAGGUUGUGAUGCAGCAAGAGCCUCAGAUAACCUGACUUGUAGUAUCAAAUAUGGGUUAAGGCCCCAAGACACUGGAUCCUUCAUUUCCCACAAUGCAACAAGACAAUCAGUGGUCACCUUCAGGAAUAUUUAUUGUGAAAACCAAAUAUUUUUGGAUCCUAAGUUGAGUUUUUCCCAAUGAUAUCACUAUUGUAGAAGGUCUGCUCGUACAGUCAAACCGACAGCAGCUUAAUUGAACAUGUUAGAAUAUAAAUAGACAGCGUUCAUGUUUGGUUAAUGUAUAAAUGAAUGUUUCUGUA